AUGCGGAACGCCAGACCCGAGUACAGCCAUGCAGCGCUCCUUUCAUCCCCGAGAGCAAAGACCAAGAAGAAUGCCGUUUCCCCAGGUAUCUCGCUAGCUGCUGGCGCCGUAGCAGGUGCAGUGGAAGCAACCGUUACUUACCCCUUUGAGUUCGCUAAAACACGAGUCCAACUAAGCCAAAAGGCUGCUAGCGGUACUAUUCUUACUCAGGCGUCCAGGCAUCCUUUGGCAGUGAUAUUGGAGACAGCACGCCAUGAUGGUGUUCGAGCCAUUUACACCGGUUGCUCGACCCUGAUUCUUGGGACUGCCUUCAAGGCCGGUGUGCGUUUCUUGUCUUUUGACACUAUUAAAAACCUUUUGGCGGAUACGGACGGAACGCUGUCCCCAGCAAGAGGCAUUCUGGCUGGUAUGGUCGCGGGAACGGUGGAGAGUGUGGUCGCAGUAACUCCCACAGAACGGAUCAAAACUGCUCUCAUCGACGACGCACGCUCAUCAACCACACGUCGUUAUAGGGGCGGGUUCCACGCCCUCCGCACUAUCGUGGCCGAGUCUGGCAUUAGUGAGGUCUAUCGCGGCUUACUCUCCACUACAAUGAAGCAGUCGGCCACGUCUGCUGUACGUAUGGGCUCAUACAACGUCAUAAAGGAGAUUGUAUCGUCGCGAACCAGCAUCAAGGACACAAAGAACCCAGCGCUGACAUUUGGAAUGGGAGCCACGGCCGGUGUCAUUACAGUAUACAUGACCCAGCCCUUUGACACCAUCAAGACACGUGCCCAAGGGGCUAAGGGCGCAUCGACUAUGGAAGCCCUGCGCGAUGUGCUGAAAGAUGGUGGUGUGCGGGCCUUCUGGCGUGGAAGCUCCAUGCGACUAGGGAGGCUGAUUCUCAGCGGUGGGAUAGUGUUUACAGUCUAUGAGAAUGUUGCCGCACUUCUAAUGGGCUCACGGAAACGCAGGACGAAUGAAUGA